AUGUUCCUCCAGGAUGGUCAUUAUGAGAAUCUCACACCCCUCAACAAAUUAGCUCGUCUACCUCCACCUCCGAAAGACGACGCAGAAAGCCGUCAGUAUGAAAAUGUCGCAACAAAUGUUGAUCUUGUAAAAGUUCUCCAAGAGAUGGCAAGCGAAAGUAGAAGCAAAGAAGAGUUAAGUAUGGAAUCAAAGAGCGGUGAGCGUAAAACAAAACAGAAGAAGGAAAAAGCUGCUAGAAAAGGAACAAGUACGGAACAGAAGAGUAAAGAAGGAAAGCUAGCAAAAGGAAGUAAGGAGGAAGGAGUAGGCAGCAAAGAAGCUCUAGGUUUGUGGCAUCCCCUCUACUACUUUAACUUACUUGGGGGUAUUCUCAAACAGUGA